ACUCGCAGUCACAGCCCCACACAAACCCAUCGUCUCUGUCUCAAAAGCCUCAUUCCCUUCCCUCAGCCCUUAUUCACUACUCUUAGCUUCAACUAUGGCCGACAAAUCAUCCACCAAUAACCGGAAGCCAAGUAGGUUACAGCGAAGAGCUCCAGCGUCCAUUCAGAUCAGUCCAGUCUCCAACUGGAACGUUGCGAUUCCUCUGCUAUCGCCUGUUGAGAAAACUAAUCGUAUGAGUAGUAGUUCAAAAGAGGAGUCGCGAAGAGCUGCUCAUACAGUGGUGGAGCCGGAAAAGAAACCGGUGGUGUAUAAGAAGUGGCAGCAUCCUGCGGAUCCGUUUUACUACGAGCCGGCACCUCCGUUUGUAUGUAGUGGUGUUGAAUUUAGGAGUUGAUUAGAAUUCCUAAUUAUUAUUACUUCUUCUUUCUCUUCCUUUUGAGCUUAUUUCUGAUUUGAAGAAACUCGAUUGGAUCCGUGUUCAUAUAGCAUGUGUUGCUUCUUUGACUACAAAUCAGAGAUCAUAGAUUCGAAUAACAUGGUAAUAAUGUUUGCAAUGAGAUAUACAAAUACAACCCAGUGACUUUAUUCGUAAAACGAAUUCAGAUGAACCCAGUGAUUUAUUGUUUAACAGUAGAAUAUACGAGUCCAAAUCGUUAAAAUUAACCGAUGCUGAUAUCUGUUUAUUUAACAAAGCUUAAUGAUAUUUGUUUUCGUCAUUAAUGAGUAGUAUAAAGUGUAAUGGCAAUGAACAUUAUUUGUUUAUAAAUAUUACGGAUAAUCUAAAAAACGACCAUAUGAUUAUAUGGAAUAUAAGAAGAUGACACAAUGUUCUCUCAUUAACGGAAUAACCACAACGCCCAAAACAUUAUAUUUCAAAAUAAACCAAUUUAACUUCGGAUUGUAGAUUACCACUUAGACGUGGCAUAAAACAAUCUAAAAUCUAACAUUUUGGACUUCCCUUUUUGACAUCCUUAUAUUGGAGAUAUGACAACAUUUUGAACUUAGUAAAUUCAAAAUUGCAAGUUUUGUCCAUAGGGUAUGUUAGAAAUUGGAUGUUUGGUCUAAAAUAUUUUGGAGUUUCAUUAGUGGUCCAAAAGGUUUUAUUUUUGUGAAUUUGGUCCAAAGUUAUUUAAAAAUAUUUAAAAUGAUGAAUUUGCCAUUUUAAUUUAGUUUUUUUUUUAUUUUCUUUACAACACUUGAAAAAGAAAAUAUCACCCUCCCUCUCUCUCUCUCUAUAUAUAUACAGAUUUAUGGGUCUGUUAGUUCAAAAAAAAAAAAAGAUGUGUUCUUAAGUAAAAAGCAUGAAACCAAGAACCACAAAUCUAAAUUCUUCAUUGUGGAUUUAGUCUUGGAUCUAGUCGAUUUUCCAGAUCUCAAAAACACUUAUUUUUUCCUGAUUUCAAGAACAAGAACUACUUGUUUUUUUAGAUAUGAUGAACUGCCCUCAUCAUCAUAUGCUUUGAUUUAACCCAAAAACCGUUCACCUUUGAAAAACCCAGCAACACUUACAUGAUUUCGAAUUCGAGAGAAGAGGAAAGAUUAUGAUCGAUUAGAAAAGACGAAGGGGCGAAUCUGGUGUGAUUUUUGUUGCCUGAGUUGAUUAAGAGCGAGUCAGGACCUGGGAGGGAUUGCGAUAGACUAGAGAAGAAAGAAGGAUUGUGAUCGAUUAGAGCUUGAUCUAUUCAGGAUAAACGAGAGUGAAGGGACCUGUGAUUUUUGCUACCGGAGUCGAUUAAGAAUGAGUCGUCGAAAAGGGCAACGACAUAGAUCUGAGAAAGGGGGCCGACGACAUAGAUCUGAGAAAGUGGCGACGUAGAUCUGCUUCUUGUCCGUUCUGGUUUACUUAGGGUGUGUGUGUGUGUAUGUUCAUCUGAUUUCGUGUGUGUGUGUGUGUGUGUGUCUGUUCAUCGUGUGUGUAUGUAUGUCUUCAUCUGAUUUCGUGUGUGUGUUUUCAUAAGAUUUCGUGUGUGUACAUCUGAUCUGAUUUUUUUUUUGUGUGUGUGUGUGUUCAUCUAAUUGCAUGUGUAUGUGUGUGUACGUCUGAUCUGAUUUUGUGUAUGUGUUCAUCAUAAAUGAUUUUGUGUGUGUGUGUGUGUGUCCAUGAGAUAUAAUUUCAUGUGUGUGUAUUCAUCAACUUAAGAGAACAAACCCAAAUUUUGUGUAUGUUUUGUUUAUGGGAUAAUUUUUUUGGCUGAGAUGAAGUGGCAGAUGAAGUUUGGAUGGAGAUAGAAGUGGAAAACGGUGGUGGUGGUGGUGGUGGAAGGCGGUCGAAUAGUUGUGGCAGCAAAAGAUGUUCUUGAAUCUAUGAAUAUGUUCUUGGGUGUUUAUCGAACACACACACACACAGUAAGAGAGAUGUGUUUUCUUUUUUUAAUUGUUGUAAAGAAAAAAAACUAAAUUCAAAGUGCAAAUUCGUCA